AUGGGUCCUCCAAAAGUCAACAUCUCUCUGUGGGAUAUUUUAAAGUUGGACAGAAUCGGUGACCCACCAGAGGACUUGAGCCCAGAGGACUUGAGCCCAGAGGACUUGAGCCCAGAGGACUUGAGCCCAGAGGACUUGAGCCCAGAGGACUUGAGCCCAGAGGACUUGAGUCCAGAGGACUUGAGCCCAGAGGACUUGAGCCCAGAGGACUUGAGCCCAGAGGACUUGAGCCCAGAGGACUUGAGCCCAGAGGACUUGAGCCCAGAGGACUUGAGCCCAGAGGACUUGAGCCCAGCCGUCUCGUCGCCGCGACGACAGCAUUUCUAA